AUGGCUAUACUACACCACACCACACUUUCCCUCACCAGCGCCCGCACCUUUCAACAGCACCACCCAUCACAAGCACCCAGUUGUCACCUCCCACGCAAGUGGUAAGUGAGCUUCUCGGCUCCUUCUCCAUGCGGCUGCAUGUGUGAUCCGAUUCUGAGACUAUCAGGGAGUGCCAGUGCCGUGGCUUGGAAGGUUGCCGGCUGACGUCCCAACGCAGUCCACGCAGUUUAGUGUAUUUGUGUGGAGUGGCGGACGGGUGGGCUGAGAGCCAGACUGUCACGGCUCCGUCAUAACUGCUUUGUGACACUCUCGCGCAUGUGAGGAGAGUGUGUGUGCGCUUUAUGGGUAGUGCCUCUCAGCUGACGACUGUUUUGUUACCCAGCUUUCAAGAGUGAUGACCCAAGCGAAUACAAGCCACGGGCCAAAAUGUCUGUAAGCGUGUGUGUCGGGGUCAGCAAACCAUGGAACUCGCAGCCUGUUAUGCACUGUAAGUUCUCCGACAUCCGGUUCCCUACCGGUAGGUGCACUUGCGCUCCAGUUGGGUAUACAGGCUGUGAGCACGGCUGCUCAGUAAUCCUCCUCUUUCUGACCCGCUGCGGUGCUUUUGUUGUCGGUUAACAUCCUGGUAAAAUGUUUGUUGUGGACCAGGGAGUGUGGUGUUACGCCUAGGUGUGGGUCCAGCCGUGCCAGUUGCCUGCACCCUCGCCCGUCUCCGGUCUUCUUGACUAUGUCUGUUUGUGUACUCACGCCGGACAUCAGUGCUUAGUGUAAUGGAUCAAGUCUGGUCGGAUUUGCUUUAUUGAGAGCAAGGUAAAUUAGCUUCUUUGAAUUUUUCUCUAGGCAGAAAAGCAUUCAUACUGCCGAUAGCAAGGUUUUUAAAGAUCCCACCUGCAUAUAUAUGUAUUGAAAAUAACUAAGAUGCUUUGGGAAGAGAAUAAACUUUAAUGCGUAAAUUUUCGAGACUGGUUCCCCAGCUCGUCGUCAGACUUUUGGGCUAUGUACAGAAACGGUUAACUAUUUAACCGUGUCGAACAAGUGAGUCUAUGAUUGGCCGAAGCCUGCACAUAUGCGCGUCAAUGUUUUUCGUCAUCCCCUCGACAUUGGCUACGCUCGCUUCCAUUCGUCCCGUUUUGUGCCUUGGGAGGCAAUCUGCAGUUUCGCCAGCUGCCGCACAGCGGCUAAUCGUAAACAGGCGCAGGAUAACAGUACCGAUGAAAAUAAGGGAGACUGGGAUGGACAUUUCUGGCUUAUUAGCCGUCAUCGGCCAGCCAUGCUUAAUAGAAUUUUGCAAAACAAACAGCAAGGAUAUGUGGGAGCGCAUGAAAACCGGAUGAUGAUAGAAGACGGACUUUCUCGUUGGGAAGAUAAGAAAACACGCUGGGCAAUUGAGGAGUGGCCACGCCAAGCAGAAGCUCUAAAGAUAGAACGACGAACAACUCGGCCGUAUUUUAAGCUGUCAUUUCUAUCAAGCAGCACAUUGAUCUUCAUGGAAUUACUACGAAGACUACGCUCCAUGUUUCUGUCAAGGCACAAAGGCUGACAACUCUUGAUUUAACAACUCAAAAGUCAGGGAAGACGGAGUUGACUAGAAAAACUUUACUGCGACAGGGAGCGUAUACGCGGCUUAGUAGGUGGUGCCUGGGUGUCUUCGCACCAACCAUGACGUCCGUUUAAGUAGUUGGCCGAGGCGCUAACUCCGCCUGCUCCUGAGCUUUGUGUGAUUGGACAAAAAUAUCGAUCGGCGUCAUGGCGUCCUCGGAACGAAGUCUGCGUCAAUCGCGCGCACGCAGUGAUUGACGGACGGCAGCACGGGAUAGCGGUCGCACCGACAACCACGGGAACAAGCGCCCUCGGCCAGAAUCAACACCACCACGUCUUCAGGUACUCCUCCUACCGAUGGAACGACGUCCAACGUCUCAUCAACAUCAAACAUCAGCAACACCCCCACCUCCAGCGAUGGGGACUCGGUUCACAUCUGUCCUCAUUGCGAUCGCACUUUUAGCCCACACAUCGGCCUGGUCUGUCACUUGCGAAUCCAUCGUGCAGAGACUGGCAAACCAGUGCUGGAGCACCUACAUACACUCGCCCUAUCCGCGUCCACUGCCCUCACUGUCCCCACACAUUCCCUCGCCGCAUGAGCCUACUAGGACAUAUGCGCAUUCACAAAAACCUGCGACAGACAACCGCUGGCUACACCUUACCACCACACUUUCCCCCACUAGCACCCGCACUUCCCAACCCAAUCACCCAUCACGGGCACCCAAAUGCCACCUCCUACGCAAGUGGGAAGUGUGCUUCUCUGGGCUCCUACUGCAUGCGAGUCCUCUACUGCAUGUAUGAUCCGAGUCUGAGACUAUUACCGUGCACCAAUGCCCUGGCAUGAAAGGCUGCCGAUUGACGCCCCAACUAAGUCGACGCAGUCUGCCCAGUUGUGUGUCUGUUUGUGUGGAGUGGCGGGCUGGUGGGCAGAGAGCCAGACCGCCACGGCUCCGUCUUUGUGACACUCUCACACACGUGAGGAGAGUGUGUGUGCGCUUUAUGGGUAGUGCCUCUCAGCUGACGACCGUUUGGUUACCCAGCCUCGGAGGGUGACGAGCCAGGCAAAUGCAGGGUCACGUGUCACCCUUCUAGGCCUAAGGGUCUGUAAGCGUCUGCUAUGCCAGGAUCAGCAAACCAUGACACUCGCAGCCUGUCAUGCGCUGGCAGUUCUCCGACAGCCGGUUCCCUGCAGGUAAAUGCGCUUGCGCUCCCGUUGGGUAUACAGGUCGUGAGUACAGCUGUUCAGCCAUCCUCGCUUUUCUGACCCAUUGUAGUGCUGUUGUUAGUUAAAAUCCUGGUCAAUUGUUGUGUGGACCAGGAGGCGUGAAGUGGAGCGUUGGGUUGCGGGCUCGGCCGCGCCAUCCACCCGCAGCCACUCUUGUCUCUGGUCUUCUUGACUUUGUCUUGACACCGGGACCAGAUGGGAGGGGGGAGGAGAGAGUGCGAAAGAUACUGCGCAAGUCUGCAUUCAUUAUAAAGUUAAUCACGCGCAAGUCACCGUACCGGCUUCCCCUAACUGUGAAGUGCAGGGUAGACAUCGUCGACAAUGACGGUCGAACCGUCGGUUCCCCUGGCGUUUUCUGUGAGCUUUCUCGCAGACACUCUAGUUUUGAAAUGUUUGCUCUUUUAGUCUCCGCAAAAAUUAAUGUGCGCGCCUUGAGUAAAUCCUUCAACAUGGAACUUUAUAGGUUCAGCUCCAGAGUUGAUAUGAAUGUUUGAGCCGAAAUCAAUCAACUGCAGUAGGACAACCACGUAAGUAAUAAAUUAUCAGCAGGUAGUCAGCAGUAUAGGUUCGCGCGGAGGAAACGUGACGCAGAAUUAGUCGCAGUCUCUCGCGUGGUGGGACAAGACUACUUACCUUCAAAUACUAAUGUUAUGGAACACAGCAGCUGACUCAUCACCGUCAUAGUACCUCUGACUGUCGCCUAACGAGCGAACCAGAGUGCGUAAACAACUUCGUUAGCCGCCCUUAGCUGUGAAUCGAAUAAAGCGGAUUAUCAGGGAAUGGUUUUAGUACGUUUCCGGCAGGGUGAAAUGCAUUUAAACCUCUCUUAGCUACUAGUAUGUCAAGUGCCCAUGCAUUGAAGGCACUUUGAAUGCGAAUAAUAUGAAUAAAAUAACACAAGAGUAGAACAUUCUUCUGGGUCAUCUAAUUUGCAAGCAGUCCAAAUUAUUAGAAAUCCAUCCGCAGCAUGGAAUCCAAGGGGCCCAGUGAAGCUCGCGUCCCGGAAAUGUUUCCCUCGAGUUGUUUUUACACAUCAGUCGGAAGCCCCCCCCAUCCUUUUACUCAUGCGCGUUACAGGAAACCAGCUGACAAACACUCUUUUGCCAUCCAUACGCAUUUCAGUAGUAUGUACUGCUACUUAGCCACUAAUUUUUUUGCUGCAGUGCCCUGGACCCGGAGGACACGGGUAAACGACUCUCCAUUGAAGUCUGGGACUGGGACCGCACCUCCCGAAAUGACUUCAUGGGUUCGCUCUCCUUCGGCGUCGGUGAGCUGAAGAAGGCCCCAGUCAGUGGGUGGUUCAAGCUCCUUACUCAGGAAGAGGGCGAGUUCUACUCGUCACCUUGCAUCGAUGAGGCCAGUGCCGCCCUCAUUGAACUUCUAAAUAAGGCCAAGGUAGGUGUCCAAUCCCUUCUCUUCCACAAACAGCGCUUCAAACCAUUACGUUUGGCCAGUUACGCAGGCGGACGUGGAGGUCCACAGAAAAUUUAAAUCCCAAACAGCCCUCUGAUAAAACAGUUUCGUCCUUUCAACCAAAACUUGACUGCCGUUUACAGGUGGAGAUGCAAGUUCCAGGAGGCAUUUCAGAAGAAAAAGAUACGAUCGCCAGAACAGGACAUUUAUUUGUUGUAUGAUUUACCAUACUGACGGCACAGGUACUGGUUAAAAGUACAGACAAUUGGGCUUCGCCGAUAUUCUGCCGCUGCAAAGAGUUCGGCACAUCAGUGAGUGCCACGGUUGGCCUAAAGGUCUGUAAGCGUCUGCUAUGUCAGGAUUAGCAAACCAUGACCCUCGCAGCCUAGUAGGCGCUGGCAGUUCUCUGACACCUGGUUCCCUGCCGGCAGAUGCGUUUGCACUCCUGCUGGGUAUACAGGUCGUGAGCACGGCUGCCCAGUCAUCCUCCUCUUUCUGACCCAUUGUGGUGCUGUUGUUGGUUAAAAUCCUGGUGAAUUGUUGAGUGGACCAGGAGGCAUGGAGUGGAGCGUUGAACUGCGGGUUCGGCCGCGCCAUCCACGCGCACCCACCCAUGUCUCCGGUCAACUUGACUUUGUCCUGACACCGGGCCCAGAUGGGUGGGGGGGGGAGGAGAGGGUGCGAAAGAUACUGUGCAAGUGUACAUUCAUUAUAACCUUAAGUCACCGUACCUGCUCCACCACCGUGUGAAGCACAGGGUGGACAUCGUCGACAAUGACGGUCGACUGUCGGUUCUCCCGGCGUUUUCCGUGUGUUUUCUCGCAGACACUCCAGUUUUGAAAUGUUGGCUUUUUUAGUUUCCUCAAAAAUUAACGCGCGAGCCUUGAGUAAAGCCUUCAACAUGGAACUUCAUAGGUUCAGCUCGAAAGUUGAGCCGAAAUCAAUCAACUGUAGCGGGACAACCCCGUAAGUAAUAAAUUAUCAACAGGUAGUCAGCAGUGCCCAAAUAUCGCAUGGUUCACCAUACUGACAGCACAGGUACUAGCUAAAAACCCAGCUACGUGUUUCACCGACUUUUUGCCCCUACGUGACACAGCUGCUAGAGGUUUAGCUUAUCAGUCGAAUUUCUGGUAGAUAAUCCAGUUUUGAGAUUUUGGCUUUUUCAUCUCCUCAGAACUUCAUGGCUAACUUGAAGCAAAUUAGUUGGAAUGAAGCCUUGUGGGCUCAGUCUGAAUGUUGGCGUCUCGGAUUCUCAUUCGAAUUCAGCAGCAGAGUCACAGACAAGGGUGCGAUUGCUAUGCUACCGCAUUCCUACUAUAAUUAUCAGUUCCCGCAUUCACCGUCGGUGGUCUUAAUUGGUCUGAUGAUGGUUUGAUCACUCACAUCCGAGUCGUUAAUUGCCCUAAUAUCCACGGUGCCACGGUGCGAUAGAACACUGUCGCCCUUUCAACCAAAACUUGACUGCCGUUUACAGGUGGGGCUGCAAGCUCCAGGAGGCAUUUCAGAAGAAUAAGAUACGAUCGCCAGAACAAGACAUUUGUUUGUUGUAUGAUUUACCAUACUGACGGCAGUGGUACUGGUUAAAAGCGCGGACACGUGGGCUUCGCCGAUAUUCUGCUGCUGCAGGACACAGCUGCAAGGGGUUCGGCUCAUCAGUGGAUGCAACGAUUGGCCUAAAGGUCUGUAAGCGUCUGCUAUGUCAGGAUUAGCAAACCAUGACCCUUGCAGCCUGGUGCGCGCUGGCAUCUCUCUGACACUCGGUUCCCUGCCGGCAGAUGAGCUUGCGCUCCCGCCUUGUAUACAGGUCGUGAGCAUGGCUGCCUGUUCAUCCUCCUCCUCCUCCUUCUGGCCCGUCGUGGUGUUGUUGUCGUUGGCAAAAAUACUGGGUCGGAUCUUAUUUCGUAGCGGCACCUGCAGUACACAAGCCCCAGCCGCCUGUGAUACGGGACCGGUGGUAAAAGGGGGGUUUAACACUAACCCCUAACUCUAACCCUAACUCCUAACCGUAACCCCUGAACCCAACCCCCAACACUAACCCCUAACAGGCGCGGCUACGAAAUAAGGUCUUACUAAAUCCUGGUCAUUUGUUGUGUAGACCAGGAGGUGUGGAGCCCCAAGGUGCGGGUUCGGCCGCGCCAUCCACCGCCGCCCCUCCGCCGCCUCCUGUCUUCUUGCCUCGGUCUUGGCAUAAGGUCCGGGUGGGGGAGGAGUAGGAGAGAGUGCGGUAAAUGCAGCGCAGGUCCACACUCACUAUAAACAAAUCCACGCGCAAGUCACCAUGCCUGCUUCAGCUUAUUGUGGAGCACACGGUGGACAUCGUCGGAUGCGACGGUCGAAGUCAUAAAGUAUAUGAUACAGAGAUAUUAUACUUGUCUUUUUUUGCAGCCCUCUGCCCCGUUGGUCUGUGUACUCAAAUAUAUGUACCGGACAUCAGAGCUUAGUGUAUUUUUUCAAGUCUGGUUGGAUUGGCAUUACUGAAAACGUGAUGAAGUAGCUUCAUUGAAUUGUUCUUCAGGCAGAAAAGCAUUCAUACUGCCGAUAGCAAGGCGUUUAAAGAUUGCAUCUUGCAUAUGUACAGUGAGUGACCGAUCUCAUGAAAUGUUGGCCGGAAUUCUGAGAUGCGUUUUCGAUUUAGAAGGAUUACUUAGGUGGGGUAGUAAUUCUGAUUAUCGUGCGGCAUAAUCCAAUAAUAUUUCGGACUCGCUAGGAUGUCGGCUUUUGGAUGCAAUUCUUUUCGAUCUCCUACAGAGCCCACACUCGGUAAAAAAUGACUACUUAUGUAGCAUGCAUUUCUCGCAUUGAUGUUCGACGGUCUUGUAAAUUCAAAUAUAUUUCAUAGAAAACAUGCACACAAACAUGCUUUCUUCUGCUCAUUCGGUUGCAAAUUACGUCGACUUUGGAUUUUGUGUUUGAAGACAAGACAUAUUUAAGUUUUAAAAAAGUUUUCCGAUUCCCAAAUAAUUUUAGGCCAGAUCAUUAGUCGCAUUAGCGUUUGGCUAUUUCAUUCUACAAGGCGCAUCUUUUCCGUGUAAGGAAAAUAAUUUAUUCCUCUAUGCCUUUGAGAAGAUACCAUCUAGAGUUCAUGAGAUUUUGCGGUGAGUGCAGACUAUGUUGUACAUUUCAUGAGUAGCAAUGGUAAACAGACAGGUGCGAUGCUGUAUGAAUGUACAUUGCGUUGUAUAUAUAAAUCGAAAGGCAGACAUCCCAAGAAAUAUAAGUUGAAGAUAGAAGGUUCUCUGGGGAGGCUAUGAACUUUAUUAGUAUACUUUCGACGUCGGUUCCCCGAGUCGUCACCAGAAUUGUGGAAAUGUGCAAAAAAUAGUCAACAUUUCAAACUUGCCUUCAGUCAGUACCUCUCCGACGUUUCUGCCAGUGGGCGCCCACCACAAACGCUAUUGGGUAUCGAUUGGUUCCCGUCUCUCCUGCUUUCCCCUGAAAUUUUUGUAUAUGGCAUCUGACUCAAUAGGCCUAUUAGUGCAUGACUCACCUGAGUGCAUGGCUUCAAGAAAUUCAGGGUUUUUUUUGAUAGGGUAGACGCCGACGAUGCGAGUUUUGUCCCACGUAAAAGUACGCCCAGUAUCUAAUGUGUGCAUGGCCAUUUGAGAUAAGUGCUAUCACGUCUAAACAACUAACUGAUGUUUGUGGAUGUGUGUGGAGGCGGACUUUCAGUUUAUCCACAAUAUACGGCAUCGCACGCCUCGCAUGGAUCUUGUGGACGACUUCCAUCUUCUGCAGAGGUACUGAGUUUUGGGCAUGUUUGAAAGGUUGACGAUUUUUGCACAUUUACUCAAGUCUGAGGACGACCUGGGGAUCUGAUGUCAAAAAUUUACUAAUAAAGAUCUUACCUUUCUCAAAGAGCCUUCUGUCUUUAAAAUACAUACAUAUUGUCAAAAAUUGCAUCUGGACCCCAUCGAACUUGUGGAAACGUACAGUAGGUGGGCUAACUCAUGAAAGGUCAACCGAAAUUCCGAAAUGCGUUUUCGUUUCGAAAAGAUUAAUUAGGCAGGGUUGUAAAACUAGUCAGCUCGCAACAUAAUUCUAUAAUAUUUCAGUUACCUCAGGAUGCCGGCUUUCGAGUGAACUUCCUUUCGGCUGCAUGCCAAAAACAACACUCUGUAAAAAACGACUACUUGAGUAGUAUGAAUUUUUAUCAUUGAUUUUCGAUGCUCCUAAAAGUCCAAUUACAUUUCAUGGCAAACAUGCAUAAAAAUAUUCAUUCUUUUGCUCAUUCGGUAGACAAUUACGUCUUCUAAUUUUAUACUCGAAGGAGGGACAUACAUAGAUUUUUAAAAAAAGUUUCCAAUUGUGGGACUUUUAACUAUCGUGAAGUUGACGAUCAUAAAUCGUCAUGUCUCUGCAUUUACCAAUGUGACUUGCAAAGUUACUAAUAUGGAUCAAAUCCAUUGCUUAAUUUUAUGAACCCUAUAUGAUCCCCCUUUAUUACCGCAGAGAAAUGUGUGGUAUUCCGUAAGCAGAAAAUAUAUGGCUUGUAGUUUGGAAACCCUGAAUCCAAGUGUAACGCUAGAGCGGGUCCAAAAUUAUUCGGGAAUUGGAAAAGGCUUUGAAGACCGAAUUAUACCCUUCCUUCGAGUAUAGGACUGGAAGAAGACGUAAUGGUCUACUAAAUGAGCGAGAGAAUGAAUAUUUUUUGUAUGUUUGCCAUGAAAUAUAAUUAGACUUUUAGGGGCAUCGAAAAUCAAUGAUAAAAAUUCAUACUACUCAAGUAGUCGUUUUUUACAGAGUGUCGUUUUUGCACGCAGCCGAAAGGAAGUUCACUCGAAAGCCGGCAUCCUGAGGUAACUGAAAUAUUAUAGAAUUAUUUUGCGAGCCCACUAGUUUUACAACACUACUUAAUUAUUCUUUUCAAAACGAAAACGCAUUUCGGAAGUUCGGUUGACCAUUCAUGAGUUAGCAAACCUACUGUAAGUUAUUACGUUUACAUUUCCACACUUAUCUCUAUUUUAAUCGAUUUUUAAGCCGAUCUUAGCCAGGAAAAGAACUCUCGACCUUCGCAGCGGUCAGCUUACUAACACCUAGGUGUGCGUUUGAAGAACAACUGCCUCGUUGGUCAGUUGAAUGAGUCGUAAACGGAAACCUGCUUUCAAAAUCUCACAACCGAAUAUGAAAAGGUAAACGCUACUAUGAGCUAAAAUUGAGCCGAGAAGACGACAAAUAACAGCAGUUUCAUUGAAAUAGUCUAUUCCUUGAUGACUAAGACCACGCAACCGUGAAGUGUGAAAGUGUAUGAGCUCAGAUUUGUUAUCGACAAGCUGAGAAAUGUUUUGUCUCUUCUUCCAAAACAGACAUUAGAUUGCUGAAAAUUUUCCGCACUCAUUGACGAGUGCUGAAUACAGGUGGCGCAACGGUAUCAGUUAUUUUCAUUGGUCGGUCUGCCGAUUUCGUGCUGCUGUAUGUGCAUAUAUAUACAUACAUUCUAAUCUCGUAAAGAUUGUUUAACCAUUGAACUUAUACAAGAUAUACAUAAGUGCCAAAGAAAUGGGAAGACAUUUGAAACUCAUCCCAACUUUCAUCCUUGCAGGUAAAUGCUCGAUAUCCACGAUUUGCGGCUGCAUCUAACGAAAUUAUCGCAUAGUCAAAAUAUCUGAGACGAUAUGUUUAACACUUAUUUUCCUGUUGAUGCAUUACUCGUACUUCUCACUUGGCUCUCCAGUGUCUGACCGAUCUCAUGAAAUGCUGGCCGAAAUUCUGAAAUGUGUUUUCGAUUAGGAAGGAUUACCUAGGUGGAUUUGUAGUACUGAUUAUCUGCGGCAUAAUCCUAUAAAAUUUCAGACUUGGCAGGAUUUCGACUUUUGAGGGCAGUUCUUUUCGACCUGCUGUAGAAACCGUACUCGGUAAAGAACGUCUACUUAAUAGCAUGCAUUUUUCCAAUUGAUUUUCGAUGGUCUUAUAAAUUCAAAUAGAACUCAUAAAAAACAUGGAAAAGUGCUUUCUUUUACUCAUUUGAUAGAGAAUCACUCCACCUUUAUAUUGUAUACUUGAAAAAGAGGUAUAAUUAGGUUUUUGAAAGUUUUCUGAUUCUCGAAUAAUUUUAGGCCUGAUCAGCCGUUAGAUUACUGCUUAUUGAUUUCAGUUUACAAGGUAAAUGCGUUCCGUGUAUGGUAAUUCAUAUAUUCUUCUGUGCCUUUAAAAAGCACCGUAUACAGUUCAUAAAAUUUCGCAAUGGAUGCGGAUAUAAAAUUAGAAGAAGGCGUACUUAUCUACCGAAUGAGCAAAAGAAUGAAUAUUUUUGUGUAUGUUUUCCAUGAAAUAUAAUUGUAUUUUUAGGACAUUGAAAAUCAAUGAGAAAAAUGCAGGCAACAUAAGUAUUCAUUUUUUGCAGAGUGUGGUUUUUGCAUGCAGCUGGAAGUAAGUUCAUUCGAAAGCCGACAUCCGGAGGUAACAGAAAUAUUUCAGAAUUAUGUUGCAGGCGGACUAGUUUUACAGCCCCACUUAAUUAAUCUUUUCGAAACGAAAACGGAUUUCGGAAUUUCGGUUGAUAUUUCAUGAGUUAGCCCACCUACUGUAAGAUAACACCUCUUCUCGGAGAGGAUCCAGGUGGAACUCUUCGCGUUUCUGUGAAAACUUGGUAAAUCUUGAGCGAGUCGAGCGUAGAUGGGCUGUCUGGCUUCGCCAGCCACUGUGCCCGAUCCCACCCCCACCCCCUGACCCUGUUUCAACAACGACCACAAGAGGGUGGGGGAGGAUAGAGUGUGUAUCACAGGUUAGCAGGUCUGCUAUCACACAGACCCCUUCACGCGCAAGUCAUUGUCCCUGUGCCCACCAUACUGUGGGAUCAACGGUGGACAUAGUCGUUUGCGACGGCAGAAAUUACUACUAGUAAAAAACAGUGACGAACGGCAAUCAGUUUAUGAGACGGUACGAAUGACGACUGACAAGAUGAUAAUUAUAAAUUAAGGCCCUCAUUUAGCUCAUGCUAAGCCCAUGUCACGUUUAGAAUGGGCUGAAUCGCGUACCAGUCUUAAGUACAUCGUCACCAACAAUGGUUGACAGUACAUCAAAAAACGCAGUUUCCGAGCGGCUCAUUUGCAGAUAAUAACUUUCUAAACAUUAUUUGAACCGGACAUUUACGUACUGUAUCGUCUCGGAACGGGUAGGAUGUGGAUGGAUGUGCCACCACCUCUAAUAUGGGAGUGGUGGUAAAGGGGGCUUUACGGUUGGGGCCUUCCAGAGAAACGGAUGAUACGGAGAUAUUCAUUUAACUAAUCAGAAAAAGUAUUUACGCCAUAUGCCUGUUUUAAUAUACAGUGCGUGACCGAUCUCAUGAAAUGUUGACCGAAAUUCUGAAAUGCGUUUUCUAUUAGGAAGGAUUACUUAGGCACGAUUGUAACAUUUAUUAUCUUGUGCAUAAUCUUAUAACAUUUCAGACUCGACAGGAUGUCAGCUUUUGAAUGUACUUCUUUUCGACCUCCUGCAGAAACCGUACGCGGUCAAGAAUGCCUGCUUAAGUAGUGUGUAUAGUUCCCAUUGAUUUGCGAUGGUAUUGCACAUUCCAAUAUGUUUCAUGGAAACCCUGGAUAAAUACAUUCCUUUACUAAUUUGAUAGAGAAUCACGUCAUCUUUUUAUUAUAUACUUGAAGAAGGGGUAUAAUUAGGUUUUAAAAAGAUUUUCUGAUUCCCGAAUAAUUUGGGGUCUGAUCCACCGUUGCAUUAGCGCUUAGUGAUUUCAGCCUGCAAGGUGCAUGAGUUCCGUAUAUGGGAAAUCAUAUAUUCUUCUAUGCCUUUGAAAAGAUACCACAUAUAGAGUCCAUAAAAUUUUGCAAUGGAUGCGGACUAUGUUGUACAUUUCAUCAAGAUCAAUGGUAAACGGACAAGUACGAUGCUGUGUGAAUGGACAUUGCACGGUCUUAAAAAGUCUCAUAAUUAGAAACUUUUUAAAACCUAAUUCUACUUUUUCUUCAAAUAUCCAAUAUAAAGGUGGCGUGAUUAUCUAUCAAACGACUGAAAAAAAGCAUAUUUUAUCUCAUGUUUUAUAUAAAAGAUAUUUGAAUUUAUGAGAAUAUCAAAAAUCAACGGGAAAAAUGCAUGCUGCUUAACUAGUCACUUUUUGCCGAGUACGGUUUCUACAGGAGAUUGAAAACAAAGGCAUUCAAAAGCCGACAGUCUGCCGAAUCCGAAAUUUUAUGGGAUUAUGUCGUAAGAAAAUCAGUAUUAAUACCCCACCUAAGUAAUUCUUCCUAAUCGAAAAAAACAUUUCAGAGUUUCGGCCAGCAUUUUAUGAAAUCGGUCACCCAAUGUGUGUCCACUAGUGUUUGCAGCAUGGGCUUUUCUUACAAAAACGGAGUUAUAAGACCAGAAGAUAUUUACUCUGAAAAAAUAUUUCUAGGGACGUAUGGCGGAAGGUUGCUAACGCACUGAAUAACAGUCUGUGCAGGCGAGUGAAUUUUCAAAGUGCGCGCCAGACAAUAGGUGGCAGUCCACCCUGUUUGUAGGACAGUCACGCGUCGUUAGGACGAAGAAAGCGGUUAUUUCGAGGGAAAUGCAAAAAUUAGGUUUGGACUGCACUAUUAUUUAGCCUUUUUCACUAUUGGAAAGUCAUAGUGAAGCAGCGAACUAGAAAUCGGGAGAUUUGGUCUGUGGACGUGUAAAUGUUAACAGGCACUGCUAACAGGCUUGUCGGUCAUCACCCUGAAUAUUGCGCGCAUUGCAGACAUGUUCUUAACAGGUAUGCGUUUCCGUUGUGCUUUCAUUAGGCCGUAGAAUCGAGUAUCGCACUAGACGGAUCAGGAAGAACGUGUUUGCGGUAAAACACAAUAACACAUACGAUAGCCAGGGUGCUGCUUGAAAUAUUUCGGUUGCUUCUAAGCACUAAAGUAGUAUUUUAACGAUGGCCGAGAUUUUCAAACAACCGCUAUGUCACCUUCCUCGCGAAAAGGACUACGACAUCAUAACAUAGCAGGACAUAUCCCAGACAUUUCGUCUUCUCUUCAUCUUUUAUGUACUUUUAGCUCUUCUUUUGGGACCAGGCAAGUUAAAUUUGAAGUGUUAAUCGAUGAAAACUUAUUGAUCCCUUUUGGUUCGAAUGCAAGCUUAAAAGUAGGCGGGAGGUGCACUUGGGCAAAAAUGUAAAGGAAAUCCACAGAAAAUAAUAGAAUUCCUUAUAAUAAGUGCAUUGAAAUUCAUAAUUGUUUUUGAAUUUUAGUAUAUACCAUCAAGUCACUUAAAUUGAUCCCGUAUGCAAGACAGUUACCGAUAAAAGAAAUUCUAUGCCUGGACUUAAGACUACAUUCAUAACCCAAAAUGCACUAAUUUACGUGUUUAUGCGUGUUUCUAGCAAAAUUUCCAAACUUCCAUGCUAAUUUGAUUUUCAAGCCUGACGCAAAAGUCCAUAUUUAUUUUUUCCCUUAAAAUUCAAUUAUCAGUAAUGCUAUAAAAGCAAGACGGGGAGAUGGAAAAUGUCUUUAAAUUUCAAUUUUAACACUAAGCUUCAAUGGGUACGCCCAUGUUGGCAUUCAAAAAGUGCCCAUAAGCACUAAUUGCAAUCUACUAGAGCCAUUUACUUAAGCGAAUUGUAUAAAUAUUUUAAUUCAUACAUCGGAAGUCGUCAGUAAGCAGGUCAAUCAAAGAGAACCGACAAUUUCAAAUCGGACAAAUUAUUUAAUGUCGGACAGGAAAUAAAACAUCCAAUAAAAUUUGCUACUCGGAGGCUCAUGGAUUAGGAACGCCCAGUCGAGCCGCAAUCAUCGAUAUAAUUUGAGAAAGCAUCGCUGGCUGAUAAUUUUCAGAGAUCAUUCCUAGCACACUGGUACUUUUGUUAAAAAAUGCAUAAAUCUACAGAUGACACGCGCUUUUGGAAUUAGUUGCUUUUCAUUACAUUAACCCUGUUUGUUGAAGUCGACCUUAAGAGUUUUGACUCUUAUACCCUUAGUGGCACGGGCCCAAAUAGGUAAGUUGAAAAAACAUAGAAAUCAGGCAAAUUUUCUGACCUUUAGGUUAAGUAUAAUGACGCUUAAAGUGGCUUCUAAAGUAAAUAUUUUGUGAUUCGGCAAUCUUAGACAGUUGGCUUAAUUUUGUAAUCUAAUGCCUGCCCCAGUUUGGAUGCAAUUUAAACCCCAGAUGUCAAGUACUCCCCCCUCCCAAUAACGACUACUGGUGUACGAUAGUGUACGCUUAUCUUGCGUUGUAUUUUUACACAUUCAUUUUUCGAUAAUUCAUAGCAGGAGACCAGCUGGACUCCAUAUUCAAGAAAUUGUCUGAAAACAUACGUGAGUAUCCUUUGCCUGCAACUUUGCUCUGAGCAUGCUCUUCUACAUCGUAAAGUGCAGCUUACACAAUUAAUGCUGGACAGAGAAUAAGGUAUCUGUUCGAUAAUUAUUCAUAUAAUACGAGGAUAUUUAAUCUUAAUGAGAAAAAUAAACUUGAUGCCUUAUAGUUAGCUGGUUAUAUUCUCAGUAAUGACCAUGCUGAUGGACUAACCAAAAGUAAAUACUGUCCCGGCCUCCAAAAAGACUUGUUUUCACCUGCCCUCGAGCAUAACGGUAUUCCAAUAAGUUAUGCUUCUUGUCCGAAUCACCAGUUUCUGAAGUGAAAGCCUAUACUUUCCGUUUUUUUCAGCUUCAACUGGUGAUAUCAGUAAGUCAGGAUGGCCGGAAACGAAAACCCAUUCUUCGAAAUGACAUUUGGCACGAAGGCUGUCAUUUUUUGAUAUUUGCCUCCAGUCAAUAAAACAUAAAAGUGGUGAUUUUUGUUGCCUUCAAAAAAAUCCUACGGAAAAACUGAACUUAGAGGAAGGCAGCCUACCUCGAAGACGUCCUUCACAUCAGAAAAGUAUUUAAGUAUUGGAUAUCAGGUUCUCCAAUGUGAAUAGUUUCCAAGUCACAGCAGCGCUUAAUUUCUGUUACGUUUGCGUUGUUCCGAUUUUCAUUCCUUCAAUUUAUUUCAGAGAAUAAUCUUCAGGUAAGUCUCCAAAAACUUUCUGAGCUGGCAGGUAGUAUUUCCCUCUUUAAUCUAAUUAAGAAGCACUUUAGUUAAUUCUGCACUGUACUAACGCUUCCUAAUAACUCAUUCAUAUUGACCCACAACUUGCGUUAUCUGAAACCAGAUACAAGGAGUGUUGAUAACUGCUCACAACGCAGGUCGACCUUAGGCUGAUAACUUCCUCUUUUCCGCAUCUGCGCGCUAACGCAUGUACAACACCCAAUUUUUGACCCCCACCUUACUGACCUCCGCUUUGAGCCAGGAAUAGUAAUAUGUAGUGGAUGAAUUUUACCAGAAAGUGCAGGAAUGCUAUAGUGCCAUCGUUAACUUGUACAAACCCCACCUCUGAAUUAUGGACAUUCAGUUACGCAGAAGGAAGAGGAAUAGUCAUUGCCCUCUCCAAAAGCAGGAUUUGUCUGCACACGCCCGUUAGUGCAGUGCUAAAAUCUUUGCUGGAUGCCUAACUGGCAAGGGUCCGAACCUCGAAUGUGUACCCCAGGAGUAAGACAUCACCGGCUGAUGAUGCAUGUCCUUCUCCCUAAAAUUUUCCAUUAUUCGAUACUAUUUGUUUGAUUCCAAAAUAGCCCACAGCUUGGUCAUCAACUGGAAUUUCAGUUAGCAAAAAUAGAGUAGAUGUGCAAAAUCAUGAAAUAUUAACCGAAAUUCUGAAAUGCCUUUUCAAUUCGAAAAGACUUUUGAGUAGAGUUGUGAUAUUAACCAUCGUGAGACAUAAUCUCAUGAUAGUUCAGUUACUUCAGGAUGCCGGCUUUUAAAAUAACUUUUUUUUCCAGCCGCUCUCAAAAACUACGCUCUGUAAAAGAUGGCUACUUAAAUAAUAGUGAUUUUUUCAUUGAUUUUCGAUGCAUCUAUACAUUCAGAUAUAUCUAUUGGAAAAAAGUCGUGAAAAUAUUCACUUUUGCUCAUUUGGUGGUAGACAACAUUUUUAAAUCUUAUACUUGAAGAAAAGAUUUAAUUCGGUUUCAAUAAAGUUUCUAAUUAUGAGAUUUUUUAAGGCCGUGAAGUGCCUCCUCAUAAAACAUCGUGCCGCCGCAGUUGAUAACGUGGCUUGUAAAGUUUGCAAUAAGGCUCAAAUCCACUGCCACAUGCUAUGAACCUCAUAUGGUCUCCCCUUAAUACCGCAGAGAAAUGUGUGAUUUUCUAUACACGAAAAUAUACAGCUUGUAGUUUGGAAACCCUGAAUGCAAGUGUAAAGACAGGUCGGAUUCAAAAUUUUUGGAAAAUGAAAAAGUUUUCAAAACCAAAUUAUAUCCUUUUUUCGAAAAUAAAAUUUGAAAGAAGACGUAAUUUUCCACCAACUGAGAGAAAAAGUGGCUAUUUUCACAACUUUUUUUCCAUUAGAUAUAUCUGAAUUUUUGGAGGUAUUGAAAAUCAAUGAGAAAAAUGCAUGCUACUUAAGUAGUCAUUUUUUUACCGUGUCUUUUUUCGCAAGCGGCCGGAGAGAAGUUCCUUUAAAAGCCGGCAUUCUGAAGUAACUGAAUUAUUACUGAAUUAUGCUGCACGGUGAUUAUUAUUACAACCUACUUAAGUAAUCUUUUCGAGUCGAUAACACAUUUCAAAAUUUAGGUCAACAUUUCAUGAGUUAGUACAUCUACUGAACAUAUUUAAAAUGUCCGUGGACUGUCUGAAUAGCAUCCGCUUCGGACGCAAUCCUGCAGUAGUUAUUCAUUCUGCGCCGUCUUGUAUAUUUAUGCGAACUGCCCUUGCUAACUGUCAGGAUCGAAAGCCAGUCCGUGGUUUUUGUCUCUUUUUGUAAAAAUGCCUGAUUGCUGCAGGAUUGAAGUUGCGAAGUGCCAAAAGCACAAGAACAGCAAACCUCUGGAACGUACUUUCCAGUCUCGGCUGUGAACUUGUAACUAACCACCAAUACGGUCAUCAACUGUCGGGGCCCUUUCGGAUAUUUAGGAAGCACUCGUUUAAAUAAUCAACUAAGCCUCCCAUGGUUUUCUGGAAAGGGCGAGAUGCAAAGAGUCGCGUGCAUUGAGUUUAAAAUCACGGUCACGAGAACUGACAGGGAAACAGUCGUUUACGACUUAUUCGAUUUGCUUCGGACAAGAAACCCCCACAGUGUGAACAUGCCUGUCAUAGUUUAAAAAAUGCUCUUCCAUCAGUAUCCCUGUGGAAUAACCGAUUUUCAGUUGCCUUCCCCAAACUGAGCAUGCACAGGCGAAGACUUAAAUGUCAUUGCAAUUGCAAUAAAGUAAGCGCAAUCCCCAGUCUCUAGUAAAUGUAUGAAAACUGCCUAUUUGUUUCGGUUUCAGAUGGAAAUCCGGAAUUAGGUGAGUCGGUGUCGCCACUUAAUCGUGGCAACCCAUGCGAUCGGCUGUCUGUGAAUGAGAACCCGAAGAUAGGCCUGUUUCUCAAAACAAACUUAAACAAAUUAACUCUCACUGGACUCAUGUUUCUCGUAAAACCAAUUGCACUUCGGCCCACUUUCAUGUCCUUAACUCAAAACCCGCACAAACUGCAACAAUAUUUAAUGGACAAAGAGGCCACUAUCCUCAAAUUUGUGACCUAUACCUCAGCACUCUGAAAACUCCUUUCAGAAAAGCGUCUUCGUAAUGAAACGGAAAAUCUGCUCAAACUGACCCGUGAGUACUCUUCUGUCCCAGUUUCCCUCCCAAGUAACGUUUGCUUUUUAAUGCAUCUUAUCAUCAGCGGUCGAUCACAACCGAGAUUUCUUAAAGUUAGAUAAGUAAAUCUCCUACAGAAGUGUAAUAAUAAACGCCCAAAUAAAAAAAGGUUUUACCGCCGAGAAACCCGGCAAAUGAAGCCUGCGCAUAUUAUAUGUCGCAGUUUAUAAAACUUAAACUAAUGUUUGCUAAACUCAUCUGAGGAGAAGAUUCUGCUAAGGCUGAAUAGGCUUCUAAAUUCUUGAUGCUUUUCAGCGGAGCAACUGUUGGCAUACGCUCAAAAAUUAACGGGUAAAUCCAUCUAUCGUUAUUUACCUAGGACGUAUCUAACAGGAAAUGAAUUAUUGUAUAUUUUACUGCCAUUUAAAUAUAAUGUCGGAGAGAUCAUUAAUUUAAUUAUGCAAUUGCCGUACCUCAGUUUGCCUUCUUAUGAAAUAUUCUUGGAGGACGAGCAAAGUAUAUGAAUUUGGUUAUAGAUACGGCGAGUGGCGUAAACCAGGGGUAUGCAGGUGGUAGGCACGGGGGUGUGGUGGUACGCCUAGGUGCGUCUCCGGCCAUGCUACUCACCCGCGCCCUCUCCCGUCCCCGAUCUUCUUGACACCGGGUCCGGGUCGGGGAGGAGGGGAGAGUGCGGUAGAUUCUGCGCAAGUCUACUCUCUUUAUAAACGAAUUCACGUGCAAGUCGCCGUGCCUGCUUCGUCUUGCUGUGGAGCGCACUGUGGACACCGUCAGUCACGACGGCCGAACUGUCAAGGGGUGUAACGCGAUGACUAAAAUUUACAUAAUAAUUUCGAAUAACCCCUUACGUUUUGCAUUCUCCUCAUGCGUCUAAUCCGUUUUAGAAAGAGUUCUUUGCUCUCGCAGCAUAUGUUUCUGAGCGGUUAUGACCAGGAGAAAAUUUUGCAAAUUAUGGCAGAGCUCAACGCUACCUUAAAUUCAGAGCAGUUUCUGUGUUAAUAACUGUCACAGACCACAGUUGUUUGUCAGUACUUGUUUUUUUGCAAUACGAAAUCAAUUUAAACGAGAGGCCCACAAAAACAAUCUUUGCUCCCUUGAGAAUGCAUUUUUUUGCUCCGCGUAAAUUAGGUGAGGCAGACGGUGAACCUGCACGCUAUUUUUGGGGUUUUUACCCGAAUCUGAGUUUCAGCAAACUCCAGCACCACCAGCAACAGUACAACAGUUUCACUAAAGGAAUUUUCCCUUGAUAUGCAGAGGUUAGCAGAGUUGCAAGUGCUAGUUCUAUUUCACAUCUUCAGUGACUGUCCGGUCUCUUGACAUCUGAAUUUAUUAAAAAACUAGGCUGUGCGUCGUCCCUACCUGCAAAGUUAGGCGAAAUCCUCUUUGGCUUAGUCAACUGCAUCUUGAAAGUCGUAAAUUCCCAUAAUAACGCUGCGGAACAUGCGAUCGAUGAUAUGAUAUUUCCACACUUUUUGCUACCUUGAUUUUUGGAGGACAUUCAAUGGAAACUGUAUAAAACGACAAUUUUCAAAGGUUAUGCUGCUAUUUGGUCUACUCAGCUAUUUGGACAGACAGGCUUUAAGUACUUCUACAAAUUCAGCAUACUCAUUUAACAGGAAUUUUCGCGUCUUUGGCAUUUACGGUCUUCUCUAGAAAAUGGCUCCUUCUGGCCAAUGUAAUAAUGCUCCCAAUAUUUCUGAGGGCUGUUUUGUGCUAAUGAACAGUUAUGGUAUACAAAUUUGGGCGAUUCCUGAUGGACUGGAAAUUUCUCAUACUUAUACGUUCUUUCAACCAAUUAUGUCAUCUACUUUGUUUCACGCCUUUUUUAAUUCCGAAAAAUAUUUUGUCAUUCUCAAUUCAAGCAAACCCUUCACUCCAUGUUGCGUACACGGCGACGCUUUUUCGUUUUAAAGGCCUUAAGUAUUUCUAAAAAUCAAGUUUACUCAUUUGACAGGAGUUUUUGCUUAUUCCGCACUUACCGGCUAGCUAAUGUAAUUUUAAGGGUUGUUUGUAAAUGAGCAGUUAUGGUCGACGUAUAUGGGCCGAUUACAGAUUGAUUGGAAAUCUCCCAUUCUUAUACGUUCUUUCAACCACCUACGUCAUCUACUUCGGUCUACGACUUCUUUAAUUCAAACAAAUAUUUUGUUAUUUGCAAUUUUAGCGAACCUUUCCCCUUCUUUUACAUACACAGUAACGCUUUCUCCCAUUUUAAAGGUGGUCAGUCUUUGACUUCAAAGUCAGGUGAGAAAAAAGCGCAGAUGAGCGAAUGCAUUUCUAAUUGA